ACUGGAAACCGCCCUGGCAAUUUGAGGCUACCGUCGCAAAAAAAGAUCCAUCAUUAUCCAUUAAUCCAUUAAUCCAUGGAUCCAACAUCCAUCUCCCCCAUUCCUCUAUUAUAGCUGUGAGCCUCAAAAAUACCAAACCUCUCUUUUUUUUUCUUUCUAAUUGUUGUAUUAUCUAAAGUAUAGGGUCGGAAUAGGUAUUUCAAUUGUUUACCUUUUCCGGGAUAACCUCCCUCGCCGCGAGGUUGUACCCCCUUAUCGCCCCGGACUAAACAGACGUGUAUUCAACAUUAGUCAACAGUGUCGCCAAUGAAUCGGUAACAAGCAAUUAUCUUUUAGGUGCUUCCUUAAGGUGAACACAACAAUCAUGGCCGGAACUGGGUUGUUUCUUUUACUUGCAUUAACGGUUGUUAUGGCAUUGGCUUCCUUUCUCGCCGGCGCAUUACCUUUAUCUAUGUCCUUGUCGCAAUCGCAGCUUCGAUUAAUAUCAAGUAUUGGUAUAGGGAUACUUGUCGGUACAUCCCUAAUAGUGAUAAUACCGGAAGGUAUCGAAGCCAUUACCGAAGCAUCAGUUCCUGUGCGUUCCCAGAAUACAAGAAGCCUACAUAGCUUAAGACACAUAUCUACAAUCCAAUGGACGGAAGGACGAAGUCUCAAUUCGAGGGAUGAACCGGAUUGGAGCGGGAUCGCCCCGAAUGAGAACCCGGAAAAAAAUACAUUAGAUACAAAAUUGGGGGUAGUCGUUCCAAGUCAAGAACACGCCGAAGUUGAUCUCCGAGUGAGGGAACCUGCAGAUGAGUCAGAAACACCAUCGGGCGACGAGAAAAAACCAAGCGCAGGAAGUACUCAUGGCGGUGUUGAAGUUCCUACUUUCUAUAUUGGACUUUCCUUAAUCCUAGGCUUCAUUUUGAUGUUCUUGAUCGAUCGACUACCUCGCCAUGCGUCCGAGAACUUUCAACCGCCUCCACCACCAAGACAUAUUAGCCUUAGUAAUCUAGGUGGUUCAUCCCUCUCUAGAGAAGAGGAAGAGCCCGAAGGUUUCCUAGGCUCUUUGACACCCACACCGAAGCAGUCUAGAAGCCUAGCCACAACGACAGGAUUAGUCAUUCAUGCAGCGGCGGACGGCAUUGCAAUGGGAGCAUCGGCCACCUCGCCAGAUACGAAGCUAGGUUUUAUCGUAUUUGUAGCCAUUAUGGUCCACAAGGCUCCAGCGGCUUUUGGUCUUACCUCGGUUCUGUUGAAACAAGGAUUAUCAAAGCGCGCGGCUCGGGGUCACUUGAUUGUCUUCAGCUUAGCUUCCCCAUUCGGAGCUUGGGCAACUUUCAUACUCGUCAGCUUUUUAGGUGGAGGUGGUGAGGGUCAGCUGAAUCAGUGGUGGACCGGAAUGCUGCUCUUGUUCUCCGCAGGAACUUUCCUCUAUGUUGCAAUGCAUGCUAUGCAAGAAGGCGACUCACCCAGCCACGAGGUUGGCUCGAUUCCUAACGGCUACGCCGAUGGUGGUCAACGAAAACACUCCCACCCUCAAAUGCGAGAGACACUAGCAACGGUGAUUGGCAUGUUUUUACCUAUUCUCACCCAAUUCGGGCAUCACCACUAAAGAGAAUAAAUAAGUUCUCGUUUUUUUUAAAAAUUGCUGUUGCCACAAAACUGUAGAAGGAGUUAGGAUAUUGGAACUGGAUGGUCGACAUGUCUAAGUUGAAGACAUAAAACGGCCCUGAAUGUGCAUCCCCCCUCGACCUACCCAACUGUUUGGGUAGGUGAUUGGGGAACAUGUAUUACAUCGAAUGUUGUACGAUCUUAAUGAAGUCCUCAUCGGAUAUAGGAUCCGGUUUGCUAGUUUAUAUGCCGGAUAUACCCUUGGACUGUAAAUAGAUCAUUUCGUCUUGUUGCGCACAAAAGCAGGCUCUCCUUAUUGCCAUAAAAACUGGCAGAUUUAUGAAAAGGAGAUGACAAGGCAUUAUGUGUUGUAUAAUAUAGCAUUUUCCCUUGUCAACAUAUGUGGUGACUUGUAGGUCUUGGAAAGGGGUGACUAUAAUGAUGCUCUAUGUGCUGCUACUCGAUUAUGAAAUCAAGUACCUAAUCAGAAGUAACGUUCACC